UUGUAUCGUUCUCUCUCUAUUUCAUCGUCAUGAUCGAUGCCUCGAACGGCCCACCGCAGCUCCCCCUCGACCUCUCCGCCUCCGUCCUUCUAUAUCCUCCGCUCUCGUCUCCACUUCCAAACUCCCCCGGCUAGAAUAAUUUAUAGUUAGUAACAGUAUAGAUGGGUUCGCUUCCCGGCCGUCGUCCUACUAACACCAACUUCAGGAUAUACGCGUGCUUUUGCCGUAGAGGAUCCCCGUUAUCCACGCAGCUGGAGAGUUACGACCCCUCCAAUCACACGUGGCGCCGCAUCGGUCCGAUCCCCGGGAUCCCCGAGACGAGCGUUCUCAAGGGCUUCGCUCUCAUCUCCCUCGGGGACUGCGUUUACGUCAUCGGCGGCAGGCUUUGCCAGAGAUCAGAGCCCGGCCGCGACGGCGAUGCAGACGUCGAUCCGGUUGAGGUGGAUGUCGCCGUCAGAACCGAGGUUCUCAGGUAUAACAUCCGCACGGAGGAGUGGUCGUCAUGCGCUCAGCUCAUCGCUCCGCGGUUCGACUUCGCAUGCGCGGCGUGCGACGGGAAGAUCUACGCGGCCGGCGGGCAGUGCAUGCUGUCGGCAGUGUCGGGUGCCCACAGAUGGACGGCGACUGCGGAGGUGUACGACCCUUCUCGGGACCAAUGGGCCGCUCUUCCCGACAUGAGCACCCCGAGGUACAAGUGCGUCGCGGUCACGUGGGAGGGGCGGUUCCACGUGGUGGGCGGGUUCACGCCGGAGCGGGAAUGCUUGGCGGGAUUGUUGGAGCGGAGCUCCGCGGAGGCGUACGACGAGGGGCGAAGCAAGUGGGAUCUGAUCCCGGGGAUGUGGCAGCUGGACGUGCCGCCCAACCAGAUCGCGGCGGUCGGGGGGCGGCUGCUCAGCUCCGGGGACUGCCUGAACACGUGGAAGGGUCAAGUCGAGGCGUACGACGGCAAGCUCAAGAUUUGGAACAUCGUGGAGCGCUCACAGCGCCCCGACCUGUCGUCGCUCCUCAUCACUCACGACGCUGCUUGUGAUGAUCAGGAAGGGCCCUCCAGGCCGUCGCGGAGGCUCAACUACCUGACCUUGGCGCCCGUCGGGACGCGGCUAUACUUCCUGGCAGGAUACCAAAGAUCAUCGGCCGGCUGCAGCUAUAUUUGGGCAGUCCACACCUUCGACACCGAACCGGAUGAUCAGACAGGAGAACCAUGGACGAGCUUCGAGCCCACGGAGGAAGAUGUUGAUAAAGAAUUGUGCAGCCAUUGUUGUGUGGCGCAGCUUUAAUUUAGCUGCCCC